AUGAGAAAGUUUGAUCAGCAGCAGAUUGAGCAUAUUCUUAAGAAAAGAUUUUUCAUAGCACAGUCAGCACACAUAUAUGGCGGAGUGUCAGGCCUGUAUGAUUUUGGGCCGCCAGGGCUGUCUUUGAAGGCAAACAUGCUGUCUUUGUGGAGAAAGCACUUUGUGGUUGAAGAAGACAUGCUAGAGAUAGAUACAACGGCAAUGCUGCCAUACAGUGUUCUGAAUGCAAGCGGGCAUGUGGAUAAAUUUUGCGACAUUCUUGUGUUUGAUGAAGAGUCUGGAGAGUGUUUCCGAGCAGACCAUCUGAUUUCUGCAGUGCUGGAGAAGAUGGAGCAAACAGAUGAGGUUGCCAAUGACAUUAGGAGGGUUGAUUGUAUGACAUGUGAAGAGGUAGAUGCAACGAUUGAGAAGUAUAACAUCAGAGGAGUAUCUGGAAACAAGCUCAGGCAGUCUCAGCAGUUUAAUCUUAUGUUUGGAACCAAGAUAGGAUACAAAGGGGACCAAUGGGUGUUUUUGAGGCCUGAGACAGCACAGGGGCAGUUUUUGAAUUUCAAGAAGCUUUAUGAGUACAACAAUGAGAGUCUACCAUUUGCAUCGGCAUCCAUUGGAAGGGCAUAUAGAAACGAGAUCAGCCCAAGAGGAGGGCUGAUAAGGGUGAGGGAGUUUGAACAGGCAGAGAUCGAGCAUUUUGUGUUUGAGGAUGAAAAAAACCAUCCGAAGUUUUCGUCUGUUGGAGAUCUUGUGUUGAGAUUGCUAUAUGGAGACAAAGAUGUAGAGAUGGCAUUGAAGGAUGCAGUAAGGUUAGGGAUUGUGUUUAAUGAGACUAUUGGAUACUUCAUUGGAAGGACAGCACUGUUUUUGAAAGAGCUGGGGGUGGAUAUGAGCAUGGUUAGGUUCAGGCAGCAUAAGAAGGAUGAAAUGGCACAUUAUGCAAAGGACUGCUGGGAUGCAGAAAUAUACACAUCUCAUGGAUGGGUUGAGUGUGUUGGAAUAGCAGACAGGUCGUGCUAUGAUCUUAAGUGCCAUGAAGAGAUGUCGGGGAUUAGCUUGAGAAGCAAGCGAAGAUUAGCUGAGCCAAGGGAAGUUGACGAAUGGGUACUGAAGCUGAAUAAAAAAGAGUGGGGGCCUAAGCUUCGAGAGAAGUUUGGAGAGCUUGAGGAGAUUGUUUUGUCGGCAUCCCAGGAGUUUAUUGAGAAGAAUUUGGCUUGCUUUGAAGGAAGAUCCUAUGUUAAGUUUGAGUGCGAUGGGCAUGAUGUUGAUGUGGAGUGUUUGAAGAGCAAGAGGAUGGUACAUGUUGAGAAUGUGGUUCCGGACGUGGUGGAGCCUUCGUUUGGGGUUGGGCGCAUUUUGUAUGCAUUGAUAGAGCAUUCAUUCUAUUCCAGAGAGGACAUGAAGCCGGUAUUUAGGUUCAAAUCGAUGAUUGCGCCCAUUCAGUGUGCAAUUGGAUAUUUAAUUUACUCAGAUGAGUAUAAUGAGCAUAUUCAAAGAAUAAAAAGGUAUCUGUCUGAAAAGGGAUUUGUGGUGCAAGUCAAUGAGCGUUCAUGCAGCAUUGGGAGAAAGUAUGCAUCAUGCGAUGAACUUGGGAUUCCGUUUUUCAUUACGUUUGAUCCUGGAUUUGCAAGCGAUAGGAUGGUAACGAUUAGGGAAAGAGAUAGCAUGAGGCAGGUGAGAGUUCAUGUUGAUGACUGCCAUUUGAUUGUCGAAGGAUAUAUUAAUGGGAAGUCCAAAUGGGAUUAA